CUUUACCGGCGCACAGAUAUCCUUCAACAUCCCGCGAGUUUCGAGAGUCUCUUGUCCCCCGUCAUUCAUUAAACCAGGGCAGACCACCCGCGUAUUCAGGCGGCCAGCGGCCCCUUCCGCAGCAGCAGCUGCUAACAAUCCUGUCUCAGCCAGACCUGGCUUGCACAGAGGAGCCGCGGCCCCAAGACGAAAUGGCUCAAACUUGGCCCUGUGUGCUCUGCGAGAAGGACGUGACCGAGGAUGACCACCGCAGGGAGGUCGACUGUCCCAACACCAAGUGCCCUGGGCGCGUGUAUCACGAGGACUGCAUCGUGAACUACCUGAAGAAGACCAAGUACAGCAGGGACCGUGCGACCGGGUUUCCGUGUCCCGUGGUUUUGCCUACUGGAAAGCAAUGCCCCGGAUACGUGUGCAAGAUGCACUCCUUCUUCCCGAUGAAUCAGAAGAAGAAGGCCGCACGCGUUGCGGCCGCGGCGCAGGCCGCAGUACAGGUGAAGGCCAAACCUCCCCUGCCUCCACCGAAACCCAAACAAGCGGGCGUGGUGGCGGCCAUUUCUGCGAUGAAGUCAGGCACACCGCAGCCAGUGGCGGUCAAGGCCGCCGCGAAGCCACUUGCGGUGAUCAAUGGCAACACGCAGGCGACUGCCGCCGCUGCGCCCAGGCUCAUUCCCGGCCUGACCGGCGCCUUCCAGGAUCCCGCUGCAUUGCGGGCUGAGGUUGCCAAGCUCAAGGCGGAGGCCAAGGCGCCCGCCACGGCCAACAAGCACCAGAACAACAAGGCGGUGGCCACCGCGCUGGGCGGAGGCAGGGCUGGUCGCAUUGUUGAGGAAGAUGAUCGCGCUCCACGCCAGCCCACGCUGUGGGAUGCCAUGGGUAACACAGGGUUUGGCGCGGCGCGCGGAGACACGGCGGGCUGGAUGGAGGCCGCCAACCUCAACAUCUACACCAUGGAGCAGCCGGGCGGCAACUUCAGCGCGUUGCUGCAGCGCCGCAAGCAGGGCAACGCCGGUGCCGGCGGCAUCACUUGGAACAAGCCGUUUGAGCGCGACGGCUCCGAGAGCGACGCCACCGGCAGCUGCGACGGCGGGGAGCUGGGCCUGGACCUCAGCCACGCCAACUCCAGCCUGCUGCUGUCGCCCUCUGGCGGCGGCAUGAUUAGCCCGCGCUCCGCCACGGACGUCGCCGGCUUUCCCGCGCUUCCCACCAAGGACCCGCCUCCGCCCGCGUCCGAUGUCAGCAACCCGAACACCACAACCACCACCCCCGCCAACGGCAACGGUGGCGGCGGCCGUCCCCUGGCCGACUACGUGGACGACGAUGUGGACAUUCUGGCGCUGGUGGCCGAGCAGGUGGAGAAGGAGCGGCAGCAGCAGGAGGCGCUGCGCCGUGAGAUUGAGCUGCAGCAGCAGCAGCUGGCCGCGGGUGGCGCCCACGACAUCGCCGUCGCCGCCGGCCUCACCGACCCCACCUACAACACCAUCGUCGCCAACGCCCUUAACGCCACCGACAACACCGUCUACACCACCGACAACGCCGACCAGCUUCUGCUCCAGAAGCCGCAGGCCCUGACCGCCGUGGCCCCCGCCGCCGACCCCGUUGUGUCGUACGACAUCGUGUACAGCAGCGAGGGGCAGGAGGUGGUGCUGGAGCCCACCAGCAACGCCUACUACCGGCUGGAGGACGUGUACGGCGUGCCGCGGGCCGCCAUGGCCUUUGCCGAUUGCCCCGGCGAGGACGGCAACGUGUACAGGUGCGUGGCGGUGACGGCCAGCAUGGCCGCUGCGCGUGCCGCGCUGGCGACGGCCUGGGUGGACGCGCAGGACGACGCGCUCGCCGCCGCAGCGGCGCAGGAGCAGCUGCGGCAGCAGGCCGCGGCGCAGCCCGCCGUCCUGACAGCCUCCGAGAUGAUGUUUGGCGUUCAGCAGCCGCACUCCGGCGGUUACGCUGUUAACGGCGUCGCGCUGGUCGCGGCCAAGGCAGCCGGGGCCAGCCCUGGCGGCUCGCCUUACGGAGGCAAGGCCAAGGGUGCGGCGACGGUGGCGGUCGAGGAGGGCGGUGAGGACGACGACGACGAUGUGAGCGACCUGAUGGCGCUGCUGUGCGCCUGAAGGGGUUGAGGCUGGAUAGGUUGGAUAGGGCUGGCUGUAGAAACUGUAUGUUUUGGUCUGCGGUUGCUGCGACUCUCUAAAAGCCUCCCCUGAAAGCUUGGAUCAGGGGUACGGCAGAGAGGUUAGAAGAAGCAGUAAUUAGUCCAAUUCAACAGCUCUCACGGCCGCCAUGUGUGUGCGUGUCUAGAGCCAUCUCAAUAAAAAUGAGCAUGGUUUGCAGUCUGCAAAAGAACACAAACGAAUUGCAUGUUGUCAGUGAAAUAUUACUGUAAUUUGCAAAAACCCUA